ACAUCGACUCCACUCACAGAACGGGGAACAAAGCCCAAAGAGUUCUUGCUUCAACAGUGUUUGAACGGAACUUCUUUUUUUUGCCUUCCCAAGCUCUGCUUGAACCUAACAGACUCCAGCGCUACUUAAAUCCUGUUUCUACUUGAACACUACUGAAGAAGUCGACGUAAAGCUUUAUUUUUCUACGUUUUCUUUUUGUUAAAAAAGCACAAAGAAACGCCAGCCAAGAUGGAAUCCCAGGUGCGUCAGAACUACCACCGCGACUGCGAGGCCGCCAUUAACAGGAUGGUCAACAUGGAGCUGUUUGCCUCCUACACCUACACCUCUAUGGCUUAUUACUUCUCCCGCGACGACGUGGCUCUGCCGGGCUUCUCCCACUUCUUCAAGGAGAACAGUGAGGAGGAGAGGGAGCACGCCGAGAAGCUGCUGUCCUUCCAGAACAAAAGAGGAGGCCGCAUCUUCCUCCAGGAUGUCAAGAAACCAGAGAAGGAUGAGUGGGGCAGUGGACUGGAAGCCAUGCAGUGUGCUCUGCAGCUGGAGAAAAAUGUCAACCAGGCUCUGCUGGAUCUGCACAAACUGGCCUCUGAUCAUGUUGAUCCUCAUCUGUGCGACUUCCUGGAGUCCCACUACCUGAACGAGCAGGUGGAGGCCAUCAAGAAGCUCGGUGACCACAUCACCAACCUGACCCGCAUGGACGCCCACAACAACAAGAUGGCGGAGUACCUGUUUGACAAGCACACCCUGGGAGGCAAAAGCUAAAUGCCCAGAAGGGAACAUGGAGUAGAAGUGUGUGUAACAAAGGCUUCAGGCUAAAUUUGUCUACUCCAGAGUUUAUCAAGCAUUUCAUUGAGUUAAUCAGUUUGUCAAGUUGUAGAGUUGAGUGUCUUUAUCCAGAAGUGUAAUAAGUAGUUGGUCAAAGUGUAACUUCUGAUUCUCUGAAUAAACAUUUUGAGCUGGA